AAUAUUAGCAAGCGGACCUUUGCAAUUGGUUCAUCAAUGCUUUAUGUGCGGUUUAUAGUGCAUAUCGUCUGUGUCUCUCCUUAGAUGUCAAUGAAAAGUAGAAGCUAUACAUGCGCGAUAUUGACCAUUAUGGGUUCGUUAUUCUUUCUCAUGAUGGUGCUGUACGGCGUCUUUAACCCUCAGCAAGCAGCUUUCAAGUCCGUCCUCAUACAGGACUAUCAGCUGCUGGGCAGGCCACUGUACAAACUGGACCUGAACUGGCCCAGAAACCCGGAACUCUUCUCUGGGACUGUGUUUGGAGUGGCUGUUAACCAGUAUGCUGGUGUGGUGUACGUGGCACAGCGAGGUGACAAUGUGCCCAAGGUGCUAGUGUUUACAACAGAGGGCGAUUUCCUCAUGUCCUGGAAUACAACUACCUUAGAGAUGCCCCAUGGCAUAUUUUUAGCAGAUGCAAUGUCAAACCCAACUGUCUGGAUCACAGAUGUGGGCAAUGGUCCAUAUGGCCACUGCAUCAAACAGUACUCACCAUCAGGCAAUCUUCUGCAGGUGCUGGGCACCCCAGGAGAAGCUGGCUCUGGGCUUAAUCCUCUGCAGUUUGACCAGCCAGCUGAGAUCGUCGUCCAUGACUCCGGAGAAAUGUACAUCGUGGACGGUGAUGGUGGCAUGAAUAAUCGUCUCAUCAAAUUAUCCAAAGAGCAGGAAGUUCUGUGGGUACACGGAGAAAAGGGACAAGGCCUGGCUCAGUUCUACAUCCCUCAUAGUGUGACUAUCGACAAUGCUCAAAGGGUAUGGGUGGCUGAUAGGGGAAACAAGAGGAUCCAAGUCUUCAAUUCCCUUACAGGUGACUGGCUGGGAUCUUGGGGAAGUUGCUUCACUGAGGAUGCGCCCUACUCAGUCCGGCUAACACCCGAUAAGAAAUAUUUUGUCGUAGUCCAGCUCAACACCAACCAAAUUUCACUACUGGACGCACCACCGGUGGGUUUAAUCGGCCAGUGCAAAGUGGUCAGUGUCAUUCAAUUGGCUGAUGAAGUCAAACCCCAUUUGGUUGACUUGGACUUGAAGUCAGGAGCACUGUAUGUGGCUGAGAUUGGUGCUCAGCAGGCGCAGAAGUUCACUCCCUUCAGUCUAGGUGGGAGCUUUUGAAAAUUUAACUUAGUGAAAGCAUUGCACGAACCAUCCAAUUUAUUUUGACUGAAUUGGACGUCUAGCACUGUCAGUGGCACUGAAACCAGAGCAUUCAUAGCCAGUGUUUUGUGGGCAUGUAGAGGUCACUUCCUGUUCAUUUUAGGGCAUUUACAGGUUACUUACAAGUCACUUCCUAUUCAUUUUGGAACAAUCUUGAGCCACCUUUUCAGUAACCCCAAAUCAAUGGGAAAUGACUUGUAAAUGCCCCAAAAAUCCGCAGGAAGCGACCCGUAAAUGCCCCAAAAGGAAAAAAGGAAGCGACCGAAAAUCAACAGGAAACUACGUGCCCCAAAAUGAACUCUGCCUGGCAUUGGCAGCUACAGAUGGCCAUAGACUGAACAGAUUGGACGUCUUAAUAGUGAUAAGCGAAUUCCAUUUCAAAGCAAAAGGAUGAAAAUAGCUUGUUUUUCUGUUGAUUUAUUCUUUUGUAGAAUAUCCGAGAAUGAUUCCUGACUCAUACAUCUAUUCUAUAAUUGUUGCAUCGCAUAUUGUGAGAUCAUCAUUAUCGUGAGCCUUGUAUCGUAUCGUGAGGUACCCAGAGUUUCUGUCCCCUUACACAGGAUAGGGCAGAGCAACUUUCUUAUUUAAAUUUGGCGCCCUGAAGCGAUUGCUGCUCUGAGGAUCAGGGCUGUCAACAGACUUGCAGGGGCCCUGGGACAAGAGACCAUUAUAGGGCCCCCCCCCACCACACCCAGCCCUGCCACCGGCUUGUCACGACAACAUACGCAGUACUUUAAUGCUUUGCAGGCAAUGACAGUGUAAAUUUUCAAAUUAUUUAAUUUGACAUGGACAGUUAAUUUUAACAGACCGUAAUGUGAUGUGACACAAUAUAAACAAACAAUUUCCAUCUAUUAUCCCACGUAGGCUACAAUACAAUACAACUGAGAGUGCUAUGCCUGCCUGCUAAGCAACAAAACAGAAUAACUAAACAUCCAGCCCCCUCCACAUCCCUUGUGCAAAAAAAGGGAAAAAAAAUAUUUGAAAUAUUUAAUAUGUUAAAGUUUUUAAGUAUAUAUCAAGUAGAACAUAAUAUUUAAUCAGACAAUGAUUUAAAUAAAAAAGAAAUAUAUGAAUGUAAAGUAAAAUAAAUUAAUUCAAUUCAAUUUUAUUUGUAUAGCCCUAUAUCACAACAAGGUUGUCUCAAAGGGCUUUGCAGAGGCAAUAUGAAGGGUCAUUCAGGGGCCCCUAUGGUCCUGAGGCCCGGGACAACAUACCCACCACUGUCGAUGGACUUGCUGAGGAUGGUAGGAAUGGGUUUAUUUGAAAGGGUGGGGCUUAAAAUUUCGUUCUUAACGUGCGUUAUUUAUUUUGUGUUUAUUUUUCAGGAACCACAGUAGGCAUCAUGUAGUAGACGAAGUUUGAACGCGCUUUCGCUGUUGAGGCAUUUUUUUUCAAGCGAGCAAUAAAAAACGCGUGGAUUAAGUUCCGCACCAAAGCUUAUUUGUAGGGGGGAAAUUUCAAUAAUUCACGGAGGAUUUGUCUCACAGAACGAGCAGACAACCCAAGAGCAGAUGCGUGUUUGUGGGCAGACUGUCAGGGAGAUCUUUUUCUUUACAUCGCCUGUUAACCUGAAGUUGUUUACCCAUGAAACGAUCGAGUGCCGGCCAGGAACAAGACGAAAAAAAAUGCCUCAACAGCUAAAGCACGUUCCAACUUCGUCCACUCCAUGAUGCUCACUGGGGUUCCUGAAAAAUAAACACAAAAUAAAUAAUGCACGUUAAGAACCAAUCUUUAAGCCCAACCCUCCCAAAUAAGUCCAUCCCUACCAUCCUCAGAGCAACCAUGGCUUUAGGGCACCAAAUUUAAAUAAGCAAGUUGCUCUGCCCCACCCUGUUUUUCGCUGGCUAUAUAUCAGCUGAUAUCGGGUGAUCGAAAAACAGAUCCAUCUAUCGGCCCGAUAUAUCUGCCGAUCUUUUUAAAUAAGCUCAUCACUCAUAACAAUUGUCGUAUUAUAUUGGCUGAUUGUGAAUAAUGUCAAUUUUUCGGCCCGAUGUAUUAAUAAGAAAGAUCAGCACCCAAACAGCUGACAUAAGUUUUCUAAUAUAUUAGCUCAUAGACUUCAUAAUGUAUUGGCGGGACACGGGGCACGGGGCCGAUAAAUAGGGGCCUGCAUGGUUGGCGAGGCAGUCAAAGCUGACCAAGUGGAACCACAGACAAAGAGCUUUUUUCAUUGAAAAUUCUUGUCAAUAAAUGCUUAAAUCCUUGAAUUCUUUAUAGAUAUGGAUGUCUCGAUUCUUGGUUAAAAGCAAAAAAAACGUGCAGUUAGCAUUUAUUUCAUGUAAAUAUGUCGAAGUACAAUGCUAGUCUUUUAGUGAAUGUAGCUAGCGGCCCCGUGAUGCAAACAGCUUUUCCGGUGAAAAUUCUUGAGAAUAAAUGCUUUAAUCCCCGAAUUCUUUACAGAUAUGGACGUAAAACCGGUUUGAUUCUUGGUUAAAAGCAAAAAACCUUGCAGUUAGCAUUAAUUUUACGUAAAAUGUCAAAGUACAAUGCUAGUCUGAUAGUGAAUGUAGCUAGCGGCCGCCCAAUGUAAACAAUGCUUUUCUGGUGAAAAUUCUUGUGAAUAAAUGCUUAAAUCCCUGAAUUCUUUAUAGAUGUGGACGUAAAACAGUCUCGAUUCUUGGUUAAAAGCAAAAAUAACGUGCAGUUAGCAUUUAUUUUUACAUAAACAUGUCGAAGUACAAUGCUAGUCUGUUAGUAAAUGUAGCUAGUGACCGCCUGAUGUAAACAGAGCUUUUCCGGUAUAAAUGCUUAAAUCACUGAAUUCUUUAUAGAUAUGGACAUAAAACAGUCUCGAUUCUUGGUUAAAAGCAAAAAAAUCUUGCAGUUAGCAUUUAUUUUACGUGAAUAUUGCGAACUAUGAUGCCAAUGCAGUAGCAGCUAAUUUCUCCCAUUGAUUUUUUUCACAACGUUUCAAAAUGCAUGCAUGGUACAAAAAAUAUAAUUAUUACCUUGAAUCCUCGAACAAAUCACUCCUGAGACAAUCCUUACUGUUUGUAUGCGGUACAGCUUUCGUACUUUUUCAACAGAAAUCCAGCGUUAGAUACCUGCGUGCGUGUGUUUGUGAAUAGCUUCUCUUGAUGUGGGCGGCCCCUGACUUGAAAGCGAGGCACAGUACAUGACCGAUCUGACCCGUCAAUACAUUAUGAAGUAUAUGAUCAGCUAUAUCUUGGCCGGUCUUGAAAAAGUCCAUAUAUAGUCUACCUUUGGUAAUGGUGUAACUAGAGGAGCACUCUGUGAGUGAAGACCUCCGCCUAAGCAGCCAAAUUAAAAACAACACCAUAUUCGGUUGAGUGGACACUCUUACUCUUGCGUCCGAAAUAUCAUCAAUCCGCCAGGAAAUUGGAGUUAACUUGCCUUACUUAGCAUAUGUAGCACAAAUUCCUUUUCUGACUUCAGUAGGAAACUUCAAUCACUUUCAUUUCAUAUUACAAACAUAUGCUGUGAGUUUGUUAAAAAUCCCUUUAUUAGUUUUUGAGUUUUCUUGAACAUAAACUGAACAGAAUAAAUAAAUGGUGGAGGUAGUUACUGAUUUGGAUAGCAUGAAUUUUCCCGGCUAAUUUCAUGGAAAAUGAUCAAUGAGGAACGUUGAUGCCCGCUUGGUCUUUUCUGCCAAUGGCCACUUGAGGGCGACCUUUUACCUUCAAAUAGAAUUCUCGUCAAGGCAUCUAAAAUCUAAAUCCUGCUGCCAUAGGCAUUUUAUCCAUAUACAAUAUGAAUAUAACAUUAAUGCUGAUCUUGCGAUGCAUCUGCUUAUAUUCUGUUUCUAUGAAAUGCUGUGAAGUGGAUGGUUUUAAUGUGUUGUCUUGCUCUUGUUCCAAAUUUAAGUGUUAUUUAAUGUUUAUAAUAACUGCUACGUAUGUGAUACGGUGGUGUUUUAUAUCAUGUCAAUUAAAGAUCACAGAGAAAGUGAAUAUUGCUUAGUGUUAUGAUAUGGUAUGGAAUUUUGAGAGGUUGUAUUUAAACAGUGUUUUACUUAUCAUCUGAGUAUAAAGGGCACUAUUGUUUAUCCAUCAAUUCCUUUUCUAUGCCGCUUAUCCUCAUUUGAUUUACUGAUGAGCUGGAGCUAGAAAAUCCCACGCCACAUGUAAUCGAACACAUCAAAUGAACCACACUUUUGGACAAUUUAGAGCAGUGGUUCUUUACCUUGCGAAAGCUACUGAACCACAUGAGUUUUACAUGUGCAUUAGCUAAACCCUUAGGUAUUAGAAUUUUUUUUUUCCAAAUUAAAAUAAAAUAAAAAAUGUCUAAGCUAGCAAGGUAAAACCCAAGUGAAUUACCAUUCAUAUUUCUUAUCAUAGACAGCAUGUUUUUAAACAGGCCGAAAUGUAUGUUUUUAUCUUCAUGCCUGCAGCAUCAUCAGAUAGAAAUUUUCAUUCAAAUUUGAGGAAAAUAUAUCUUAUGUUGUUCAACAUUAAACCUGCUUGGUUGCAUUAACUUUGACCGUGCAGUUUCUAUCAUGUUUACAUCUCAAAUGGUAUCAAAUUUAAUGAAAAACCCUGCACAAAAUGAUCACCAAAUUUGUACACUGUCAUCUGUUUUAAAAAAAAAAAAGAAAAGUAAAGAAAUAAACAUGAAUCUUCUCACAAAUCCAAUAAACUGUGAAUUUACAACAAAUAA